CUCGCCUUCGUUCUGGUCUCUGGGUCGCUCUGGAUUAUAUUAGAGCUGAGUUCCACCUUGAUGGAGAAGAUGCAAGCCCAGGAGCUGUUGAGUGGCCUGAGGAUACCGGAAAUGGAGGAACUCAGCCAAUUCUUCCGUUCCCUGCCCACCUCCACACUGAUGGGUAUCGGUGCUCUGACCACCGUGCUGGCCUACUGGCUGGCCACCCGGCCCAGGCCCAUCAAACCACCCUGUGACCUGCUCCACCAGUCUCAGGAGGUGCCGCAUGAGGAUGGGGGCCGUAGGUCCAUGAUCAGUGACAGCUCCAAGCUGCUGACCCAUUACCACGACGAUGCCAGGACCAUGUAUGAAGUUUUCCAGAGAGGUCUUCACAUAUCCGGUGAUGGUCCUUGCCUAGGCUCUCGUCUCCCCAACCAGCCUUACAAAUGGAUGUCCUACAAAGAGGUCACUGCUCGGGCAGAGCAUCUCGGUUCAGGCCUGCUGCGCCAAGGCUGUCAGCCAAACCCAGACCAGUUCAUAGGGGUGUUUGCACAAAACAGGCCGGAGUGGAUCAUCUCCGAGCUGGCCUGCUACACUUACUCUAUGGUGGUGGUCCCUCUCUAUGACACGCUGGGCCCUGACGCCAUACGGUACAUCAUCAAUACUGCCGACAUCUCCACCGUGAUCUGUGACAAGGCCGAUAAGGCCCAGGUGCUUCUGGGUAACGUGGAGAGACAGGAGACUCCUGGCUUGCGGCGAAUCAUCCUCAUGGAUGCAUUUGACUCCGCCCUCUUGGAGCAUGCCGAGGGUUGUGGCAUCCAUGUCCAGGCCAUGAAGGAGGUGGAGGCCCUGGGCAGAGAGCACCACAGAAUGCCUAUACCACCAGCACCAGAAGAUCUGUCCAUUGUGUGCUUCACCAGCGGGACCACAGGAAACCCAAAAGGAGUUAUGCUGACUCAUGGGAAUGUUGUGGCAGAUUUCUCAGGCUUCCUCAAAGUAACAGAUAAAGUCAUAUUCCCCAACCAAGACGACUGCCUCAUCUCCUUCCUACCACUGGCUCACAUGUUUGAGAGACUAAUAGAGUCGGUGGUCUACUGUCAUGGAGGACGGAUCGGUUUUUACCAGGGAGAUAUCCGUCUCCUCUCGGACGACAUGAAAGCCCUGCGACCCACCAUCUUCCCUGUGGUGCCUCGGCUGCUCAACCGCAUGUAUGACAAGAUUUUCAGCCAGGCGAACAGCCCCUUGAAGCGGUGGCUGCUCAACUUUGCCGCGAAGAGAAAAGGUGCUGAGGUCAGCAGCGGAGUCAUUCGCAGUGACAGCAUCUGGGAUAAAAUUUUCUUCAGUAAGAUACAGGCCAGUCUGGGAGGAAGACUGAGGAUGAUCAUAACAGGAGCGGCUCCAGCCUCCCCAACGGUCCUGGGUUUCCUUAGAGCAGCUCUGGGAUGCCAGGUGUAUGAGGCCUAUGGCCAGACAGAAUGUACAGCUGGCUGCACAUUUACCACUCCUGGAGAUUGGACCUCUGGUCAUGUUGGGGCCCCGCUGCCGUGUAACCUGAUCAAACUGGUGGACGUGGCAGAAAAAAACUACUUUGCCUCAAAAGGGGAGGGAGAGGUGUGUGUGAAAGGACCUAACGUGUUCAAAGGCUACCUCAAAGACCCAGAGCGGACCACAGAGACACUGGAUGCUGCUGGUUGGCUCCACACCGGAGACAUUGGAAAAUGGUUACCUAACGGCACACUGAAAAUCAUUGACAGGAAGAAACACAUCUUCAAGCUGGCACAGGGCGAGUACAUCUCCCCAGAGAAGAUCGAGAACAUCUACAUCAGGAGCGAACCUUUAUCUCAACUUUAUGUUCAUGGAGACAGCUUGCAGUCGUGUUUGGUGGGUAUUGUGGUUCCAGACCCAGAAGUCAUGCCAGCCUGGGCCAAGAACAAAGGCAUGCAAGGCAGCUACAAAGACCUCUGUAAAAAUACUGAGCUGAAGAAGGCUAUCUUGGAAGACUUGGUCCGUCUGGGCAAGGCCAGUGGCCUCCACUCUUUUGAGCAGGUGAAAAACAUCUACAUCCACAACGAGAUGUUCUCCAUCGCAAAUGGCCUCCUGACUCCAACACUCAAGGCCAAGAGACCCGAGCUGAAAGAGUUCUUCAAGGAGCAGAUCGAAGACCUCUACAGCAGCAUCUCCAUGUGAAGGCCAGCUGACGUUGUUCCCCAACAAGCAUUUUAACACUAAGAUCCUAUUUGUCCAUUGACCUUACCAGUGGAGCAAAGGUGAGAUAUCUUGGCCUUAGAAUGCUUUUGGAAUGUGUGCUGAACCCGACCUGCUGCCUGCAAUCCACCUAUACAGAUUGAAAAAAAAAGCCCUCUCCUCAGCAGCAAAAACUCAUCAGCAAUUUAACUCUGAGAAACCCAUACCUCCUACUUUCCUGUCCUCCCUUUCACUUCUUUCCUCCACUACUUUAGAUUGUGCCCACCAAACACAAUUUAGACCCACCAUCCUACAUCAGAAAGCAAGUGAUGUCUUUCCUUGUACCAUAGCUUGACAAGAUGUGUAACGAUGUAAUAAUCAAGUUGCUGAAAUUUGCAAGAUUUUAAUGGAGGUGAAACCAAACGGACUCGGAUAGAGAUUAAACCAUUCCAACAAGCUGCUGAGAGUGGAGCCAUGGAGCAGGGACAGAUGAAUCGCCCUCGCUCUGCUGCUCACCCAAAGAUACAACCAGGAGUGACAUUGCAUCCAACAAAAACCUCUUUACGAGACGAACAGGGCAACCUCCCUGUCUGUGGGUCAGAAUUUAGUCAUAAGGAAGGGGGAGUAACAUUCUCUACCGCAGCCACUAAACAAAGUAUUGUCCACGCUGCUUCAUCCAGGGAAACUCAAUAUUUACUCAGUCAUAGUCCUCAUCAUUCAUUCUUUCAUUCAUUCAUUCAUUCGUUCCUUCAUUCCUUCCUUCCGCCAUUCAUUCAUUCAGUCAUUCAUCCACCCACCCAUCCAUCUGUACAUGGCUGUGAGUGUCAGUUUAGCCUGCAUGCUCUUUGUUAAUAUAAAGGCCUGGCCCACCAUAAACAUCAUCAAGUUCACAAAAACAACUGUGGACACUACCACUACUUCCUCUUCAUCC